AGAUUGGAAAUUCUUAAUUCUACUGGACAACGCCUCGUAGAAUUAUGACGACUCUUCAUUCCAGUGGAGAACUUUACCAAGCAGAACGUGUCCAAUAUAAUUUUAUUGCCAGCAACUACCGCAAUGAAUAUGGAGUUUCUAUUAACUAUCUCCCCAUUUUCAUGAUGGGCAAACAUGUAGAAAGAACAAGAACAGUCAGUAGUUAUCGCGCCAACUACCGUAUGGGUAAGCGUGCUUUGGAGCAUUUGGUGAACGAGCUUUUGGCACACGAAGAAUUCUUCGCAACGGCUUUAUUUCGGUUGGGUAAUUGCCAUAUCGGAUAUCGUCAAGCUUAUAACAACUUCACCACAAGAACACUCAAAGCAAUUGAGGAUCAACUUGACCCUAUCAGAGCCAAUGCGAUCGCUGUCGGUUUCGGGAGUAGUACUGAGGAUAGAUUGAAUGGUGUGAUUGGUGCUGUGGAUGGUAAGAACUUUAUCAUUCACCAACCUUCCCCUCCAAUCGUGGGUGCUAUGUUCAGGGAUAGAAAGAACAACUAUUCCGUGAAGCUUACUGCCGUAUGUAACUCUGCAUUACGAUUCACGUAUAUCAAAGUGGGUGACUCAGGUAUUGUACUAAAAUGA